UCAACUCACUCUGAUUUAGUCUAUAGGGUCAACUGGUUGAAGGCAAAGGCUAGAUGGAGUAGAUGGCAGGAGGAGUUGAGUCUGGUAAGACAUGAAAUGGGUUGGACCAUAAACUGGUUCAAGUAUCACCAGAAAGAAUGGAACAGAAGGUGGCAGCAAGCGACUAGACCUGGUCAUCAAGCCUAUGCUUAUCAACAGGUCUUGAUGUGGGGAAGGUUUGCUCAGGAUGCUAAGAAGGCUUUCAAUGGGUGUGGAUUUGUACCUUGA